UUCACACACCAUAUUGUCUUCAAGUGAUGUCAUCCAAAGGUCGAGUGGUCGCCGGAACCGAUGGAAGCGACUUCGGUCACCGCCAGAGAGUGGCCUCACACUAUCAGAUCAGUGCACUGAAUAAAUCUCGGCUCAAGUUUUGCAUAUUUUUUCAUUAUCUCCUGUUUGUGGUAAUGAUGUGUAAACUGUCGGACGACAUCCUCGACAGACUGGAUAUCUUCAUACUAGAGCUUCAGGAGCUGUAUAUCCCGAAGCCUCGGCUCUGGGAAUGGUUGUGGGCGUCGAGUGUUGUGUUAUCACUGUUUGGAUUGACAUCGUUUAAGAACAACAGUUUGUCUUCCAUCAGAUUCUAUGCAAUCAUGACAUUCGCGAUGUCUUUGUGUCCAAUUCUGUACGCAUUGGUCUACUAUUUCAACGACUUGUGGUCUUUCAUGGAAACCCGGGAUCUGUCGAAAGUGAAGGAUCAGUGGAAUGGAUAUCCAGUGGCACUCAUUUGGUAUACAUUUCUUGUGGUCGCCCUUCAGAUCCAUUUCUUCCAAUUGUAUUUCUCAAUCAAACUGUGGUUCGCGUGGAAUGUGAAGAAAGUGAACAAAAAAUCAAAUUAAUGUUAUUUUCUAAUCAUUUUUUAGUGUUAUUUUCAAAAUGACUUUAUUGUGAAAUCUAUUUAUUCAUUGAUAGUAUAUUUUGUGGGAAUGUUUUAAAAGUUAUAUAAUUAUAAUUAAGGCUCAAAUUUAAGGCCAUUUGAAUGGUUAACAAAACAAAGUGAUAGGAUUUAAACAUCACAUAACAAAACCACCCGUUUUUCUUAUAUUACUGGCAAUAAUUGUUUUUUAAUGAUUUGUCAAUCAAAACAAUAAACUAGUAAUAAAUCACAUGAUUUAUUAAAA